GCGUGCGCGGUGAGGAGUAGCCAAUACGAGUGUGUGCAAGGGAAAGAGUUCCGUACACUUUUUUCGCCAAGGUCGCCGCGGUCGGUCGAAAAGUGAAGAGGGCAAACCGAUCUCGUCCUUCCAGCAAUUUCCAAAAAGCUUCCCUUUUACACAGCUCUUGAUUGCCGGAUAGACAGAGCGCCCGUCCCUGCUAGAAGCGAUUGGACACUCCUAAAAUGUUACGAACGAUCAUCGUACGAAACGAGAAUCUCCUGCUGCAGGGAUCGAUCCGAAAAAUACUGAAAGGAACAGCCGUCCGCACGCUUAGCAGUGAGUGUGCCAAACGAUCAGCCGCCGGCCACCGCAGAAACUCGCACAACGUAUCGAACGGCCACAAUAACCUUAAAGCGGUAACAUGGAGAACGAGCUUUGUCCGGGGAUAUUGCAGCGGAUUUCCGGCACACUCGAAGGUCCUGCUACCGGCGCUGUCCCCCACGAUGGAGCUCGGCACUAUCGUCAGCUGGGAGAAGAAGGAAGGCGACAAGCUGAAUGAAGGUGAUUUAUUGGCGGAAAUUGAAACCGACAAAGCGACCAUGGGUUUCGAAACGCCCGAGGAAGGCUAUCUGGCGAAAAUCCUAGUAGCGGCCGGCCAGAAAGACGUCCCAAUCGGCAAGCUUGUAUGUAUUAUUGUGGAGAACGAGGCGGACGUAGCAGCAUUCAAGGAUUACAAGGACACGGGCGCUGCACCGGCGAAACCGGCUGCCGCCCCAGCACCUUCGGCUCCUGCUGCCGCACCACCAGCACCUACCCCGCCGCCAGUGUCUGCCCCACCACCACCGCCACCGGUCGCUGCCGCACCGCAAGCCAUGACGGCUGUAGAACAGCGUGGACCUCGCGUGUAUGCCAGCCCGAUGGCCAAAAAGCUUGCCGAGCAGCAGCGUUUGCGACUGGAAGGUAAAGGAUCCGGGUUGUUUGGUUCACUAACGUCUAAGGAUCUUGCAGGUAUGCAAGCGGCCGGAGCUGCUCCGACGGCCGGUGCACCUGCUGGGGCGGUUUCCAUCCCGUCCGGAGCGGCCUUCGUUGACAUCCCGGUGUCGAACAUACGGGGCGUGAUCGCGAAGCGGCUGCUCGAAUCGAAGACCACCAUACCGCACUACUACCUGACGGUGGAUGUAAAUAUGGAUCAGGUUACGAAGCUGCGGGCCCGCUUCAACAAGCAGCUGGAGAAGGAAGGCACGAAGCUGUCGAUCAAUGAUUUCAUCAUCAAAGCGGCGGCCAUGGCAUGUAAAAAGGUACCGGAAGCCAACUCAGCCUGGAUGGAUACGGUGAUUCGACAGUUUGACUCGGUCGAUGUGUCUGUGGCGGUAUCGACGGACCGUGGAUUGAUUACCCCGAUCGUGUUCUCAGCCGAUCGGAAGGGAAUUGCCGACAUUAGCAAGGAUGUAAAGAAUCUAGCAGCGAAGGCACGCGAAGGCAAGCUGCAACCGCAGGAGUUCCAGGGUGGUACGUUCAGCGUGUCGAACCUGGGCAUGUUCGGCGUGACCCAUUUCUGCGCCAUCAUCAACCCACCACAGUCGUGCAUUCUGGCUGUCGGCGGCACUCAGAAGCGUCUCGUACCUGACAAGGACUCGGAAGCUGGCUUCAAGGAAAGUGACUAUGUUGCGGUAACGCUUAGCUGUGACCACCGCACGGUCGAUGGUGCUGUCGGUGCCCGCUGGUUGCAGUACUUCCGCCAGUUCCUGGAAGAUCCCAACUCGAUGUUGCUGUAAGGUGUUGUAAAAAAGUCUUCUUCGAUGUAGGCCUGCUUGCAGAAUUAAACGAAACGAAAGUCCGUCAUUGGGGGUGCUAGCAGUGAAAACACGAAUGAUGGGGGGUAAAGGAAAGAGUUGAAAUAUUAAGUAAUAGUAGUAGCCGCAAAAAAGGGUCAGUAUGAAAUAGUAUUGAUGUUUUAGUUGCAUAAUAACUGUGCACUGUUGCGUACAAACGCCAUCUCAUUUCGUCCUUAAAAGGGGCGUUGUGGCUCCCCUAGAGUCCUACCGAUAGUACACAGCACGCAAAGGAGAACAUCGGCCAGCGGAUGGUUCGAGUGGCACUCUGGACUGAUUUCCCUCCCUGUAUAACAUGGAUUUCCCCCCAAAAGUACAUAUGUACCAAAAUAGUUCAUAGUUCCAUAUGCGAGAUUAACGAGCCAAUACAACGCAAGGAAACUUUUAGCUGUAAAUGCUGCCGAAAGCUAACCGGAUUACCUGUUCAUAGUGUAGACCAUUGAGAGAUGUUUAAAACCCCGUUGUACAACAGCUGGAAGCUGGAUCGAUUCAUCACACAGUGGGGAGGGAGAUAAAAACCACACUCAAGGGAAAUGAAAUCGUACAAUAGUAGCAUCACGAUCUCUCAGAUCUGCUCAGACCGUGACAAAAGCCAGGGGAAGCCAACAAAAUGCAAACACAAAAUCAUCACCAUCUUUCCUAUCGCUACUCUUCCUUCAAUUCGGCAUUCAAUCGGCCACACAUCCCCCGUGGAGCUGAAAAUCUUCCCAUUAAAGAGCUAAACAAAACUAAUUAAACACACGUAAAGUCAAGCGAGAGAGAGAGGGAGUGUGUUCAAUUGUGUUUCGUGACACACAUGGAUGAUCCACGCAACAAUGAAAAGACAUCGCAUCCACCACCCAGACAAACAACUGUGUCGGAAAAAAAACACAUUUAGACAAAACUGGUCAAAUUUGAGGAUUUGCUUGUUGAACAAGAUCUUAUUGUAUAGUUUGUUUUAUGCGCUAUUAUUAUUUUUAAACAUCGAGGAAUAAAUCAAAUUUAUUUAUUGGUUA